UCAGUCUGACGCUUGGAGUCUCUCUCCCUUUACUUUGCCGUCUCCCACCACUUUCCGUCUCAGUUCGAACCCACACCUGUGCGUUUCCCCUCAUAUUCGCGCGAUGUCCCCCGCGCCCAAAAACUCCAACACAGAUUGAGUAAUUGGCCGGGAGACAGAAUGAGACUUUGAAUCAACAGAAAAUCAGCUGUUGCCACAUAGGAAAUCGCCCAAGGGGACUGAAAUAGACCGAGACGAGCGGAGACAGGCGAGGAGAGGAGAGGAGCGGGAGAGGGAAGACUGCUUCAGGUGACCGAGUAGCAAUGGAGGCGCGCGGCAUGCGUGAUUGAGUGCCACCGCUUCUGGGAGCGCUGGCUGGCUUUCGUUGAGGUGGAUUACAAAAGUGCGAGCAACCUUCAGAACUGACCGGGACCGCCUCUGUAAAGCUCACUUGACGGAUUUUCUCUGCAUCAUGAACGUGUCGCCCCCAGACCGCAGGAAAAACAUGCGAGAAUUGGCUUUGGAGAUUGGCAUCCGAGUUCUGCUCUUCGGAGUUUUCGUAUUCACAGAGUUUCUGGAGCCCUUCGAGAGAGUGAUCCAACCAGAGGAGCUGUGGCUUUACAAGAAUCCUCUAGUCGUGUCAGACCACAUUCCUAAGAGGGUCAUGUUCGCCAUCUCAUUCCUCACGCCGCUGGCAGUGAUAUUUGUGGUGAAGAUAAUUCAGAGGACGGACAGGACAGAGAUCAGAGAGGCAUGUUUAGCUGUGUCCCUGGCUCUCGCCCUAAAUGGGGUCUUCACAAAUACCAUCAAGUUGAUUGUUGGGAGACCCAGGCCAGAUUACUUCCAGCGCUGUUUCCCAGAUGGGCAAGUUAAUGCAAAGAUGCUGUGCACCGGGGAGCCAGAGCUCAUCGCUGAGGGACGCAAGAGUUUCCCCAGCAGCCAUUCGUCCUUUGCGUUCUCUGGUCUUGGUUUCACCUCCUUCUACCUGGCCGGGAAGCUGCAGUGCUUUACGGACCAGGGCCGAGGACGUAGCUGGCGCCUCUGCGCCAUGGUGCUGCCUCUUUACAGCGCCAUGAUGAUCGCACUGUCCCGGACCUGCGACUACAAACACCACUGGCAAGACGCCUUCGUCGGAGGAGUGAUCGGGUUGCUGUUCGCGUACAUCUGCUACCGCCAGCACUACCCGCCCUUCCUGCACACGGACUGCCACCUGCCUUACGCCGCCCUGGCCGCCGACGCCCACGUACCCUCAAAUCCUCAAGAGGACCCGCAGCCCACUGACAACGCCACCACCCUUCCCCUGGAGGGCCUGACCGAAGGGCCGGUAUGACUAGUGGCCACCACCGAGACUCCCCUCAGCGCCCUCACCAAGGCGCCGAGCCCACCUCCCUAUUCCCAGUGACUGACCGGCUCUUGUAUACAUUCCAGUGGACAGUGAAACAUUUCCCCCCGCAUCCUAGUCUCGGUGACACAUACGUUAUUUUGUGUUUACAUUCACCUUUUUUUUUUUUUUUUUUUUAAUCUGGCUAUUUGCUCAGCAGCCAUUUAAGUCUAUAUUUGGAUGCGAUGCAUGAGAGGAACCAACGAAUAUGGGACAUCGCCGCUGAGAGAGAGAAGAGAGGGAAACAUGUUGAAAACCUGAAAAAUAUCUCACUAAUGGCUGUAAAAAAAAACGUUUUUUCAGAACGUUUUUGCUUAUUGAGAGAUGUGGUUUGCAGAAGGCUAGAGUACGUUAAAGGAUUGGGAGAUCCCAUGAAAUGUCACAGCAAUUAAACCUCGAAUUCAGCUAUUAGAAUAUUGUACAUGACACACUUAUAUAUAUAUAUAUAUAGAUAUAGACCGUGGGAUCUGCUAGCAGCUAGUGUGAGAAAUGAGAUGAAUUUUCAUGUGUCUAGAUGUACACUACAUUUUCAGAGGGAACCACCGUGUUGGUUUCCUGAUAUAAAGAUGGCUAGAACCAAAAUCCCAUCGACGUAGCUACCUUCUUGCUACCUUUCAGAGCUUCUCAUUGUUGGAUUUUCUUUUUUUUUUGCUUAUUAGAGACAUUGCUGUCUGCCCUUUCCCCACAGUUUCCCAGGACAACUUCUCAAGGGGUUUUGUGUAACAACCCAUCAACUUAAGGAUUGGCAGCACACCUCUGACAGAUUCAUACCUCAUUUUAUUUAUUUAUUUAUUUUUAAAAAACUUUUGGUUGUCCAUAGCAACAUUGAGAUAAAUAUAGAACCAAUACACUCUUGAAAAAGCAUUGGCGCGUGUUAAAAGAGAAAGAAAAAACAAUAUUCACUGUCCCUUUCCCUGAAUCUUCUUCAUUACCUAUUUUUUAUUUUAUUUUUUUGUCCCAUUUCUCCCAUUCUCUUCGGGGCCGUAUCCUAUAUAUCACCGCUCCCUUUUCCCCUUCCCUGUCUCCAUCUAACUUUAUUUUCCCCACACAUUGCAUUUAAAAUGUGUUUCCAGAGGUUGCGCAGGGACACGGGCUCUCAAUAAGUGCAAUCAGUAACAGGCUGGUGGUGUGGUUGGGGGGGGGGGGUGACAAGUGCGUCUGGACAGGCGCAAGCUCCAAUUUGAUCCUGCAUGAGUCCUCGUUAAGCGAGGUCAGCCCCCUGCCGCUUAUGAGGACCACACGGUGGCCCCACGAAGCGCCCGAGCAUUGCAAAUGGCUUUCAGGUCCACUGUAGACCCACAAAUAGACAAUCUAGCAUUCAGCCGGCGACAGAUCGGAGAUUGUGAUGUAUUAUUCACCCAUUAAAUUCCCAUUAGGUAUUAAUGUGGGGACAGUACACUGAAAUGAAGCAGACACCAAAGAUUCGUAGGCUUUUCCUUCUGCCUGGUUUGAAGGCGCUCCGUUACGCGUUAUUAACAGAGACGAGACCCGUCGCCAGAUUACUGGUUCCCCAUCAACGACGAAGCAAUUUGUAGCCUUUUACAAGUUUAGUUAGAAGUGAUGGAUCAUUUUGUCGCCUUGGUUACUGCUCUUUUUUGACAUUGCUGUGGCAUUAAUGGGAAGUCACAGGCUGCGCUUUCAUCAUACCCAACCACGCUACACUUUACACCUAAAAGUGAAUCGAAGAUGGCAAGCCGAACACAGAAGGUUAUGAAGUUAUUUAUUUUAUCUUUAAAAAAAAAACAAAAAAACUAAGCAUAUCGUCUGUCUUUAAUGUCAGAACACCACACAUUUUAGUCCAAGCUCAUGAGUUGAAACAGUUUUGAUUGAUUAUGGGCACAAUUUGGGCACAACUGCUCUCUCUGGUCAAAAUUCUUUUUUUUUUUUAUGAGUGAUUCAUUAAAAUUAGGCUACAAUUAAGCCUCUGUCACUAAUGCAACCCAUUGGCAGCUUCGUACAACUGUAUAUGUAUGUGUUCAGGUUUCAAUAUCCCACACUACUAAUGCAAUAGGAAAUGAAACUUUACAAAGAACGGACUCCUCAACGUAGAGGAACAGAAAAAAAAAAAGAAAAUGGGCGCUCGACGCUGCUCAGCAGACUCUGUGAUGGGACUUGACGAGGCUCUGAGAGUUGAUGGUAACCAGCUGAGCCUUGUCGCUGGGUCCGAGUCUUUGUGUGCAGGUUUGGAGAUGUGUGACUGUGAGACUCCGCCAUCUUGGAGACGAACUCUGCGGAUAAAAUGACUCCCGCACACGCAUCACGUUCUGUAGUCUCACAUUUGCCUGACUCGGCAGCCUGAUGUUUGUACUUCGUGUCAUUUAGUUUCCUCCUAUUUAGGAUGACGGUACAGUGUAUAUCGGAAAUAAUAACGAGAAAAAAAAAGUUAUAUCUGUGAGUGUUUUCAACAAGGGAUUUAAGUUCCCCUCCAUUCCAUGAUUUGUUUUCUUUUGGUGCUAUAGAUAUUUUUGUAGCAGUUGGUGUUGCUAUGUACGAAACGGUGGAUGUGUCAUUUGAAUACUUUUGGACAAAGAAAGAAAAAAAAAGUUACAAUACGUGUUUAUUUUUAAUCAGGUGCUCAAGGGCAACCAGUGCUUGUAAGUCCACACAAUUUUAUUUUAUUUUAUUUUCUUCAAUCAUUUUACUUUCAUGAGGAGUGAAAGGAUAAAAGUAACUAAAAAACAAUUAAAUAUUAAAGAAAUGAUCGUCAGUUAUCCUGAAUAGACGUCUGAAGAAAAUAAAUCGAGUGUGAGCCUUAAAAAAAAGAAAAAAGUCUUCGUUCAUGGCAUGCCAGUUCCAUUUGUGAGAAAAAGAGUGUUUUCUAUGAAUAAGCAUGUCGGGCCUUGAGAACUCUUUGAGCUGUGUUUUGCUGUUUGUAUACUUUAUGUACAAUAAAGGACUGCAGCUGUGUGAAA